AUGUCUCGAGUAUCUCCCCUUUCAACUUCAACAAAACCUCGAGAAUAUCCUAUAACGCUUCAUAAUUCAACAUUAAAUGGACAACUUUUAACAUCAUUAUUACCAUGGCAAACCAUUUCAUAUUUACAAUACUUUAGACAUAGUGGAAGGUUUACAUUUCGUUAUGAAGGAUUCUCCAAACUUGAAUCAUUAAAUGAUUUAUUGUUUCAUUUAUCUCGUAAUCGUAAUGAAUAUUUGAUUUCGGGAAAUACAAUGAAAAAUCCUGGGUCAGUUUAUAGGUUUAAAUUACCAAAGAUUUGUUCAAUUUGUCAUGAAGUUGGUCAUGAACCUGAAAAUUGUAACGUUAUCGAUAUAUUUCUCUCGAGAAGGAUGUUAAACCAACAAGAGAUUGAUGUUAUGAUUAAUUGUAUUUUAGAAUUUAAUCGUCCUAUAAGGAAAAUUUCUUUGAGGUUUAAUCAAGUUGGUAAUGAAGGUGCGAAAUCUAUUGCAAAACUCAUUGAACAGAAUAAUUUCCUUACUGAAUUGAAUUUAGGUGAUACAAAGAUUAAUGAUGAUGGUGUUUUAUUAAUCGUUGAAGCUUUAAAGAAAAAUCGUUCUAUAAAAAAAUUGAUUUUGGAAAAUAAUGAUAUUGGUGACAAAGGUUUAUCAGCUAUCGCGGAUUUAUUAAAGAUAAAUAAGAUUUUAAAAAAUAUUGAUCUAUCUCAACAAGAAUCCAAGAUUUCUCUUGAAUAUUUGAAAAAAUUAGAUGAAGCUUUAUUACACAACACAAAUAUUGUUUACGUUCAUUUUAAUACUAAAGGUUUACAUUUAUCACCAGGUGUAGAUUUUGCAAAAUUCGAUUCGUUGUAUUUAUUAAAAUCCUCUCAUCGAGUUCCAAUCCCUGAUCAUUUUGACGAAAGUAAAAAUCAAUUAUAUUCAAGAAUUGUAAAAUAUCUUCAUCAAAAUCGUAUAUUUGAUUCAUUCGCAACGGUCGAUAUGAUUGAUUUAAUGAGUAAGGCGAGAAUUUUAUUAUUAAAUAAUCUUAACUCUAGCGUUUUAGUAAAAGUUCCUUCUGAGGUUUGGAUACAAAUAUUUAGGGAUUUUGGUGAUGAAAAAGGGUUACCUAUAAGAAACGUUGACAUGAUCGUCAAGUAUUCUGGUACUAGAUCUACCCUUUCUAAAGAUAUAACCGAACGAAAAUUUUUAGAAUCAGUUUAUACAAACAAAUUUGUUUUGGAAUAA